AUGAUUUUGGAUACGGAUGCUUCAGGUUUUGGAAUAGGGGCGAUACUUUCACAAGUUCAGGACGGCUAUGAGAGGGUCAUUGCUUAUUAUAGUCGGGUUUUGAACAAGCCUGAGCGGAAUUAUUGCACAAUAAGAAGAGAGUUAUUAGCUUUGGUAGAAUCGGUGAAACAUUUUCAUCAUUAUUUGUACGGAAAGAGUUUCUCUAUUCGAACUGAUCAUGCUUCUUUGAGAUGGUUGAUGUCCUUCAAAGACUUGAAGGGACAAUUGGCUCGCUGGACGGAAAGAUUACAACAAUACGAUUUUGAUGUUGCUUAUCGAAAGGGGAUUAUACACGAUAAAGCCGAUGGUCUUUCGAGACGCCCUUCUGCAGAAGAAAAAUGUAAAUUCUGUACUAAAGUUGAAGUUCAGAGAGGGCUUUCUGAGGAUAAAGUAGUUGCUCGUAUUGUUUUGCGUAAGGAUUCUUCUGAGGAUUGGCGUAAGGCUCAAAUAGAGGAUCAGGAACUGGCAAUGUUUUUACUUGCCAAAGAAAAUGAUUUGCGACCUUCUUGGGAGGAAGUUUCUUCGAAAGGAUUAAAAGUCGGCUUCUUCUUCAAUGGUGAAGCUCUCAGGGAAUCUGUCGGCUUCCUGCUCUACCCCGAGCUAUUGCUGCGGGUUACCGAGCGUCGAACCAGUCCCAAACUUCAUCCUUCUCGAAAGUUCCGUGCCGCUGCGAGGUCAUCUUCCCUCUUCUUUCUUUCUCCGUGA